UCAUUUUAUUUAGCUAGCAAUUUAAGAAAUAGUGUUUUCUAUUCAAGAUAAGAAAAUGGAAAAUAUAUGCAAUACUUGCUGAAUUCAUGCUUAAAAAAGAAUAAAUUGUGAAGUAUUUCUCUCUAUUUUGAAAAUCCCUGUUGGAACUUCAAUAACAUUAAACUAUGUUAUAAAACACUAUGUGGGUUUCUAAACUAAAGAGGUGACAAGAUGCUACCAAUUAACAGUUGGAAUUGAUCAUACAGAUGCAACAACUAUACCGAAUAAGUGACUUUUAAUAUUUCCAAACAGUCAUCAGAGACAAUCCAAGAUGGAUUUUGAGGACAUUUUACUUGACGUGGGUGACUACGGAAAAUAUCAACAAGGCCUCAUAAAAUACUUCUUAAUACCCGCUGCAUCUCUUUUACCAUGGUUUACUAUGAAUAUUCUUUUCAUGGUCUCCGUACCUGAUCAUUGGUGUAAUGUGCCAGAACUUGUCUCAUCUAAUUUAAGCAUUUCUGAUCAAAGAUCUCUCAUUAGUCCUCCCGGAGAUAAAUGCCAUAUGUACAAUAUCAACUUCACGGACUUUUUGAGUAAUGGAAGUUAUAUUAUUCCAGAAAAUACUACAACUAGGCCUUGCAAUCAUGGCUGGCAAUAUGAUAACACUUACUGGGAUACCACAGCCUCGACAAAGUGGAAUAUGGUGUGUGACGACGGUCAUUAUAACAGUCUCGUUUUGACUCUGUUCAAUGUUGGAAGUAUCUUAGGAACUCCCAUCUACGGGAUGCUGUCAGAUAAAAUCGGACGAAAAAUAACGUUCUUCAUCACCAUUUUUGUCACUGCUGUCACUGCAAUAACUUCAGUCGUCAUGGAUAACUUCAUAGCAUUUAUUGUCAUCAAAACAAUCAACGGGAGCCUCAUGCCAUCUGUUUUUCAAUUACCUUACAUUAUUGUUUUGGAACUCGUAUCUCCAGAAAUGAGAACAAGAAUGAACGGACUGGUAAAUUGCUCGUGGACUGUUGGUCUCUGUUUCUUGCCUCUUCUAGCUUAUUAUUCCAGAAGUUGGGUUAUCUUGGGUUUAGUGACAUCAUCGGUAACUCUCAUUUAUGGAUUGUAUUGGAAAUUUCUCCCUGAAUCUCCCCGUUGGCUUGUUUCUCAAGAAAGAUACGAAGAGGCCACAGACAUCAUGAUGCAAAUUGCUAAAAAGAAUGGAAAACAACAGGAUGAAAGUGUACUCUCACAAAAACUCAAGACAAUUGGAGAGAAAUUGAAGAAAGAGAAAACUGUGGAUGGCGUUCAAAACUCAUCAUUAGAUCUCCUUCGAUAUCCGCAGCUCAGAAAAAAGUUUCUAAUCAUCACAACAUGCUGGAUGGCAAAUAUAAUGGCAUAUUAUGGACUACAAAUCAACGUGUCCAAUCUUGCUGGUAACGAGUUCAUUAACUUUUUUCUUCUGUCACUGGUUGAAGUGCCAGGGUACAUGGUCAGUUGGGUUUUCAUGGAAAAAUUUGGCCGAAGAUGGUGUUCAGUUGUGGGAUUUUUGCUGAGUGGCGUAGCAUGCAUGCUACCAUCAAUUGAUUUACCUUACAUGGAUGUAGUAUGUUCCAUGAUUGGUAAAUUUUUUGCUGCUGGAACGUUCAUGGCUACAUAUCAACAAAGUUCAGAACUAUAUCCUACUGUUAUCAGAUCUUUGGGAAUGGGAAUGAGCAGUACUAUAGCCAUGGUCGCAACACUUAUUGUCCCUUACCUGGUUUACUUGAGUGUUUAUGGCAAAGCUAUUCCUUUUGUGAUCAUUGGGUUGAGCUGCAUUCUUUCUGGUCUACUAGCAUCUCUCCUUCCAGAAACUCUGAAUGAAAAUCUACCGCAAAGUAUAUUUGAAGCUGAGGAAUUUGGUAGAUCUCAAAAAUUCUUUUCCUGGAACAGGCGAAGACGAUCAGUAAGUAAAGAACGACGAGCUUCCUUUGGGUUGAAAACAAAAGGAUUUGAUACGAUUUGCGGAAUGGAAGAACAUGACUCUAAACAGCAAAGAUCUUCCCAAAUAUUUACGAAUAUUGAAAUGGUGCCCGGCAUCGAAAACACCUUAAUGGUAUCUGACUCCAUUAAAGGCUUGAAUGGAUCCACUAAAAACAAUUCAAUUCCAAAUGAAACAGAAAGCCGUCUUAACGCCAUCAACAAUUUUACGUCAAAUGAUCUUGGAAAUGUUAUUGCGCCCAUUCCAAAAUCACCAAACAAUCUUAAUCCUUUGAACGAUAAAUUAAAAAACUCAGCUAUUGUGUCAGAAACAGAGACGGAAAAUGACGAGGUUCAAGCGGGUUUCAGAACAGACGCUUCAAAUUUAAAAGAGGACAGAGAAAAGUUUUCGUAUGUAAAUGAGGUGUUUGAAACUAAUGACAAAACAGAAAAUGUGAAUAAAUUAGAUGCAAAAACUGAUGAAUCACCAUCAAAUCUUCAUCAUCGUGAACUGAAAAGUGGAAAGAUAAAUGAUUCAAACUCCAAAGAAAACUUUUCUGAUGAAGGAUGAAAUGAAGUAAAAAAAAAAUGAUGAUUAAAAAAAACAACCAAAUAAUAUAAAUUUUCGUUGUGGUGUAUAUAGAACGCUGAUGGGGAAGCAGCUAUCUGAAAAUUAGAAUAAUUGUUAUUUUUCAUUUUAUUUUAAAUUUUUGCUGGAAAUGUUAGUUAUUGAGCGAAAGCAAAAUGAAAGAAAUUUCAAGCCUAAAAAUUAUUUCAAUGUCAUCGCAUUAAUAUUGUUCAGGAUUAUCACAAUAAAUGACCAGAUUUGAAAUAUUUAUAAUUUCGGAGCUAUUUCGCAUUACAAUGUAUAAAAGAUAUACGAAAUAGAAGAAAAAUAUACCGGGUUUCUUCUUAUUUAUUUUCUAAAGUUCAACGCGUGGUUCUUCUGUUAUCCAACUAACAUCUAAUCUGUAGCAAUACACAUUAUGCAAUUUGCGACAUUUUAUGAUUCGUAUGCGUUGCCGUUUGGAAUCAGUAUUUCUUCAAUAGCAUUUUUAACCAUAAACCCAUAACCAUAAAACAGUAACCUCAUAAGAAAAUCACAUGGCGUAAGGUCCAGAAAUCUUGGUGGUUAAGUGAUUAUGGACAGUUCAUAGUAGACCCCAGAAGCUGUUUUUUAAUUACUGAUGCUUACUUAUUGUACAAUAUGUAAUAGUUUUGAAAAUAUAACUAUAUUUAAUAUCCGUUAAUUCAUUUGUGCUAAUCCUGCAGUAUUAUACAACACUAUUAUUUACGGGUUAAACCAUAAAAUUGUUUGUUGCCUUUUUAACAAAACGCAAGAUGAACCCUUGCAUCAACAGUACAAAGGCAUCAUCUUGCACUUGAUUGCACAUCAUUUUAGCUCAAUCUGUUCGGAAAUAGGGUUUAAUUAUACUCUUGAUUCAUGUUGCAAAUAAUUUGCUUGUACCUACAUUAUGUUUCCCCUUCGAAAAUUUGUUUUGAUUAUACGCAGUACAAUAAUUUUUUUCCCCUCUGAUAUUUUUAUAAUAGUUUUUUCUUUUAUAAUUUAAUAAUGUAAGUUUCUUAAAGGGCAUCUAAAGUUAUUAAAUUAAUUUAUUUUUUAGAUUUCCUAAAUUAUCUAUAUUUUUUAGUUUACUUUCUUUAUUUUUGAAGGUUCCAAUGAUCUCAAUGUUAAUAUGUUAUCCUUUAAUUCAAGUAUAAAUUUUUUGUUUGUUAUUCAUGUGAGGCGAGAAAUUUAAUUUGAACAAGAGUUCAAAAAACACAUAUUAGCGGUAACUAAAAACAUCGAAUGUUUUUAGUUACCAAUUAGGAUAGAAGUCUUAUUUAAAUAGCAUUUAAAUGAUUAAAUUUUAUUUUCCCGAAUAUUUAAAAAUAAUAAAACGACAAAUAAUAGGUAGACAAAACAAUAAGGUGAUAAAAAAAGAUAUCAAGACCAUUCACGAAAAAAUUAACUUUUAAAGUGACCAAUUUAAUUAAUAUAUCCUUUGAAUUUUAUCGAAAAAUAUUGAUUAUAAUUCAACAGUGUUUUUUUAAUGGAACAAAAAUAUAAAAUUUUCAUAUAGAUAUCUGGAUUUACAAAAUAUCAAUCAUAUAAUCUUAAGAAUGUUUUGAAAACAAUCCCAUUUCUUAUACUUUUGAGUACAAAUUUACUUGCGAUACUUAUUUUUUGCAGUAAAUGCUUUUUCAGUUUUGAAAACUUUUAAAAUAAAAUGUGUUUUUAAUGAUUUAAAAAAAACUAAACAUAUUUUCCAAUUAGGUGUAUGUUUUCAGAAUCUUUAUUAAAAAUUAAGUAAAAACCUAUUUCAAUUUUAUAUUAAAGCUAUCAAAAAACAAAAGCGUUAUUAUCUGACAAAUCACUGUAGAGAAAGUUGAGAUUAAAAAUCAUUAUAUCAUCAAAUAACAAAAACGUCAUUAUCUGACAAAUCAUUAUAAAGAAGGUCGAGAUUAAAAAUCCUCAAGACGAUUUUGAUAACUGGACGAAACUUUAAGGUAUUUCGAACAUUUGUCUUCUAACAUAACCUUGCUCCGGCAAUGAAACUGAUUUUGAUGUUUUCAGCCCUGAUUACUUCGUUAGUGAUUCAUUAGAUGUUGAGAACAUUUUUUAAAAAUUUUUCUUCCUUAAAUAAUAUUUUGUGACUCCACUAAGUAAAUUCGCAUUUUUUCUUUGUAUUUCAAAUAAGAGUCCUAUUUUGGAUGGUGAUUGCAGACAGUUCUGGCCAGUCUAAGGUCCCUCUCAAAAGCGUUUUAAGGGUCUAGAGCUCAUCCACAUUAAUGAAUCUCAAAAAGAAAAUUUUGAGUUUCUCUUGUCAUUGUCGUUUUAGUCUGACAUAUAUAGCAAAAUUUUAUCUUAUGUUACUUUCAAGUUCUGUAGAUUAUUAUCAUAUACCAAAGUACAGCAUUUUUUUAAUUUUUUCUAAUCAGUCUUGUAUUUAAUGUAAUCUUGCAUGCAAAGAAACAAAUAGUUUUAUGAUGUGUAUAGAUUCAGUGUUAAUAAGCAUUGAACCUAGUAAGAGUAAAAUUACGCAAUCAAUUUGUUACUAAAGUAGAUAAUUAUUUAAUCAUUGUAUGAAAAAUAAAUUAUUUUGCUAAUAAUAUAUGUACCGUAAGUUUUAUAAUCAUUUUUUGCACUUGCUUGUGGUUUAAAGCUUCAAAAGAAAAAAUCAUUUCUAAUUUUAAUUGCAAAUAAUAUUGUCUCGUGUAUUUUUUUAAUUGUAUAUAUAUUUUAAAAUAAGAAAAGUUAUGUUUAUAAUUGAAGAUGCAAGUGGACAAAGGAGAUAUGUAAUAUUUUAGUAAAUUUUAAUAAAGUUACUAUGCGUUAUGGAACUCAUAGUAUCAUAUGCAAAGACAAUAUGAUUUGGACACAUUUUAUUAUUCGGCAGUUUCAAUCUGAUAUUUGCAUCUUAGAUUGCAUAGAUUUCAGCGGAUGAUAGUAACAUGAAAGAUACAUGCGAAGAUACGAAAAGCUUAAAAAAAUUAUCAUGGAGCUUACUUUUGCUUUUUCAUCCACUUGCACCUUGAAUUCUGUUAGAGAAGAUUAUAAAUCAUUGAAAAGAUUGAAAUUAUUUGAUAAAACUGUUGAUAUUAAUAGCUUUACUGUUUUGUUUUUGUUAUGAAUAAAAAAAAUUUUAUACAGAAAA